GAGUACACUCUGUUUGAUCAGAAAACAGAGCAAGUGCUCAGUGUGGUUUAGUGUUUAUUUAUUUACACGGGCUUAUAUAUCGCUGCUGAAAGAAGAAAAACAUCCCUAAAGUGAAUGCAGUUUGUAUUUGAGGGAUGUCCUGAAAUCGUUUUACCGUGUAUUUUUUUCCAGUCUGAUGGAGGACCCAAUCUUCCUGUAUUCACAUGAUUGCAGCUCUAAGAACGAGCCUGGCGGGCUGUUGAGGAGGGCGAUCCCAGUGUGAGAUGAAACAAAUUCUGAAAAAUGAUCCUUUGCGCGAUAUGUUUGGAAGAGUGACGGAAUAUUUAAACAAUUCAGCGCCGCAGUGAAAGACCACACGAUCUCCUCUUACCAAAUUGGUAAAUGUAGGCAGAUGGAGGUCUGUGAAAAAGGGUGGACACCGGUUUACAGGACAACAUCUUUACAGUAGUAUCACUUUAUAUAGCUUAUGUUGUAGCUGACCAACUCAUUGAAUGACUUCUACGUAUUGUCUUUUGUUCUUACCAUUUUGGUUUUCUGAGUCUCACGUUUUGUAGGCUAUAUCCUACAAAGUCUUACAUAGUGUAGACACACUGAUUUGGGAGACAGAAGUCGCAUUUUCUCACAUUGCCAAAGUUUCUCAGGUUUACAGCUGGGAUUGUUUUCUUCAACAUGGGUCCUUUUUUUGCAUUGAUAUCACUGAGCUGUUUGGGUAUGCUGUUGGGGUGCCAACUUCCCCAAGACUGGAGACCCCAGACCGAGUCCUGCAGGGCUGAGCUAGCGGAGAUCAUUGUUUUUGCUAAAGUGCUGGCUCUCCACAAGGAUUCUUACAGCGUUUACAACUACCUGCCCUGGCAGUAUGACACGGACCUGUUUUACUCGGCGGAGAUUGAGAUGCUGUGCGACCAGGCGUGGGGCAGCAUGUUGGAAGUGCCAGCCGGGUCCCGUUUCAAUGUCACUGGGCUUGGGUACUUUCCAUGCUACUCGUACAGCGUUGUGGAGAACAAUGCAUAUUACUUCUUCUUAAGGAUGGAUGAGAAUUACAACAUCAUCCCCCAUGGAGUUAACUUCCAGGAUCCCAUUUUCACAGAUACAGCAGAGAACCGACGCAUGUUUGCCAGCCUCUUCCAGUUCGCAAACUGCUCCAGUGGAACCCAGAUCGAAACCUACACCCCGGACUGGGAGUUCCAGGAGGACAGCAGGCUACUAUGCUCCACGGUGCAAAAGGCCCUGUUUGAGGAGGAGGAGCGAGUGAAGACGCUCUCACAGAAAGUGCGCUCGCUGGAGAAGGCUAACAACCACCUGAAGGACAAGGUGAAGAAGAUGAAGCGCUCCAUACAACAGGCCAAGAAGGAGAGCAAGCAAGAGGCCUUGCUGAUCAAGCAGCAGCGCGAGAAGGAGAAGGCCGUCAAGCAGGACACGAGCAAGGACCACCUCAAGAAGCCUCUCAAGAAAAUAAUCAGCAACAAACUGAAAAAAUAAACACAUUUAACAAAAAGGAGCAAGCCUCUCUGCUGGGAGGCAGGCAAAUACUGUCAUUCCCAAAUGAAUUCCCUAAGGAACAGACCCAUUUUUAGCAGGUAUAUGUAUUUCGUAUGCAUAUGAGAUAGUAGGCCCUAUUGUAAAUUAUAAAACUAUUUAACUUUAAUUGGAUUGAUGAUUUUUUGUUUUUAAAAAUGUAUUUAAAGAGGCCAGCAAAACUAUUACAUUAACACAAGUUGUGGGAAUACCAAAUAGAGCCAAGUAUGCCCCACACAGUAUAUCAGUAGAAUAUCAUAUAAUGAUGAUUAAGGUACUUCACUGGGAUUUUUACUGCAAAGAACUUGAAGUGAAAGUCACAUCUGAAUUUUCCACACUGCAUUAGAUAUUAGCAAAUUACACCUUUAUUGUUCGAGUUAUACACGUUAACAUUCCCUCUUAAUUAAAUGUAUUUAAACACAAACAAUGUCUUUAAGGAAGAUGGCCAUAGUGAAUUGAUAUGUGGCAUUUCUAAGGCAAUAGGAAGGUGAUCAACUUUAAACAAGCAACUAAACAGGACAGCCUAAAGGGGUCAUUUUUCAAUGGCUACUUUGGCAGUUGUACGCAGUAGAAUAUUUUUAAUUGUAAUGGCUUCCACUCUACAGCGAUAGAGUAGAAACUAAAGUGCUAUGUGUGUGUGAACUGUGAGUGCUGAGCACUUGUUAAACACAACCUCCAUUCAUAUCAGUGUUACAGCUAAAGAGAUUGUGUUUUCUGAUUGAUAGUCAAACUGCAGGCAGCUCAUAGAUUAUAACUAUAAUCUCCUGUCAUCUAAAAAUAAUAAUAUUUUGUAUUGCAAGCAUAGUAUCUAGCACAGGUGUUAGUUUAGAAUGUAAGUUAUCGUUAUUCUAAUUGUUGUACUCAAAUACAAAAUAAAAUACAUAUUCAUUUUCA